AUGCGCUGGGAACGCACACCGGGAGGUUACAAUUCUAACGCCUUACUGUAUGUUUCAUCCUUUAUCUCCAGAGAGCAAGAGAGGACAUGUAAACAAGACACCAGUGGGCCAGAUAAGCAACAGGAUUUACCUCAUAUUUUUGAGGUGCUUGAGGAGAAGAUUGUCACCUUUUUAAAGAAUGAGCUACAGAGAUUGAAGCAGAUUCUUAGUCCAGACUACAAAGAAAACAUUGAGAAUAAAGCAGAGGAUGAGAGUGAUGCCAGAGAAGGAGCUCUCAAGAUGGCACUGCACUUCCUCCGUGAGAUGGAGCAUCAGGAUCUUGCUGAUGAACUGAAUGACAAUGAGAUGAAUGUAGGUUGUCAGAAGGAUUUAAAAAGAAAUCUGAAGAACAAGUACCAGAGUGUGUUCGAAGGGAUAGCCAAACAGGGAAGUUCUGUUCUGCUAGAAAAGAUCUACACAGAUCUCUACAUCACUGAGGGAGAAAGUGGGAAAGUCAAUGAGGAGCAUGAGGUCAGGCAGAUUGAGUACAGAUCCAAGAAACCAGCUGGACAGGACAGACCAAUCAAAUGUGUUGACAUCUUCAAGCCUUCAUCAAUUCAGGACAAACCAAUCAGAAGAGUUCUCACAAAGGGGGUGGCUGGCAUCGGCAAAACUAUCUCUGUGCAAAAGUACGUCCUGGACUGGGCUGAGGGAAAUGACAACCAAGAGAUCAAGUUCAUCUUCCCACUGUGCUUUCGGGAGCUCAACGUCAUGAGAGAAAACAAGUACUCAUUAAUGGAUCUUCUUCACCACUUCUUUCCAGAGCUAAAGGAAUUCAAAUUUGUCUGCCAGAAAAAGUAUAAAGUGCUGUUUGUCCUUGAUGGUCUGGAUGAGUGUCGACUUCAACUUGACUUUCAGGGAAAUGAGAGUUUGACUGACAUGAGAGCUGUCAAAUCAUUGGAUGUCAUCUUGACAAAUCUCAUCAAGGGUAAUCUGUUCCCCUCUGCUCUACUGUGGAUAACCUCUCGACCAGCAGCAGCUGGCAGAAUCCCCCCUGAGUGUGUUGACAUGGUGACAGAAGUGCAAGGGUUCAAUGAUGCCCAAAAGGAAGAGUACUUCAGGAAGAGGACCAUUGAUGCAAGUUGUGCAAACAAAAUAAUUUCACACAUUAAAUCGUCAAGGAGCCUCCACAUCAUGUGCCAUAUACCCGUGUUCUGCUGGAUUGCAGCUAUGGUUCUUCAAAUGAUUUAUUCCACAGGACACACACAAAUACCAAGGACAUUGACGGAGAUGUACACAUUUUUCCUCAUGUUUCAAACCAGACAGAGAAGCGCCAAAUUUGACAAUCUGCAAGACCCUGAGCCACAAUGGAACCAAGAGCUAAUCCUGCGUCUUGGAAAGCUGGCCUAUGAACAGUUAGAGAAGGGCAACCUGAUCUUUUAUGAAGAAGACCUCAGAGAAUGUGACAUUGAUGUCAAAGAGGCAACAAUAUGCUCUGGGAUGUGCACUCAGAUCUUCAGAGAAGAAUCCGGCAUCUUUCUGGGAACAGUGUUCUGCUUUGUGCAUCUCAGUAUCCAGGAGUAUCUUGCCGCUCUUUAUGCAUUUCUGAUGAUGGCGAAUGAAGGUAAUGACGUAAUAUCCCCACAGCAUUCCCAUCAAAAAACAGAGUCCAUGACCAUCUUGCAGGAGAGUGCUGUGGACAAAGCUUUGAUCUAUGACGAUGGACGCUUUGACCUCUUCCUCCGCUUCCUUCUUGGCCUCUCUCUGGAGUCAAAUCAGACUCUUCUGCAUGGUCUGGUGAGUAGAAGACAAAUGGGCUUGAUGGGCAAGAUCAGGACAGUUUUUGUCCGGGAUGGCAAUGAUAAAACAAUCAGGUACAUUAAGAACAAGAUCAGGGAGGCCCCUUCCCCAGAAAGGAUGAUCAACCUCUUCCACUGUCUGAAUGAACUCAAUGACCACUCCUUAGUGGAGCAGAUCCAGAGCAACCUCAGUGCAGGAAAACUUUCAAAGGCCAAACUCUCACCUAGCCAGUGGUCAGCUCUAGUGUUUGUACUCCUGACAUCAGACCAGAAUCUGGAUGUGUUUGACCUGAAGAAGUUCAUCAGGUCUGAUGAAGCUCUCCUGAGGCUGAAGCCAGUAGUGGAGGAAUCCCAAACAACCCUGUAA